UAUAUAGUUUGAUAGAAGUUAUUGAUGUUGUUAGUUGUUUAUAGUUUUCCGUACAUAACAGCUUCUUUUAUUUUUUAUUUGUAGAUUCACGUAAUCGACCUCGAUCAUUUGUCAUUUUCUUUUGAGCUUGCUCAAGAAUUUUAUGGCCGGUAUGCAAGCAGGGUCUUCUAUUAGUUUACCGCACUGAUAUGGCACUGAUAUAUUUUGUUAGUCCACAUUUUUGUAAUCAAAUAAAUUUUUUCUUUUAUGGAAGCAGUUGAUAUCUAUGUUGUAAUCACCUACACUAACAUGUUUGUUUUCUUAUGGUGUUCCGUGCAAAUUUAUGUGGAAAACAGAGUGAAGGGUCCAGAUGUUCCUUUUGAACCAAUGAAGCUUCUUUGGCUCAUCCAGCGUGAGUUUUUAGAAGGGAAAUCUGUAGAGCAAGUGGUGCAUGAUGCUCUUCUCACCGUCCCUAAUCAUAAUGGCAACAAGAACAUUGAAAUGGUUAACCAAAUUCGAGAUUCCAUAAGUAUUAUGGGAUAUAAUAUCACUGCAUUCAGCUUGCCACAGCCACACCUUCAGCGAUCCAAACUGUGUGACAUGCUAGAUGACGAGCUGGACCCAACAUAUAUCAAGAACAUGGGCCAACUAAUUCCUUUUGUUGCUAAUAUGAUCCGCCUGAAGACAUUGCAGGGACAGCCAUUACAUGGCAAGGAAUUCUUGUCACUUCUAGAUCAGAUCCUUGAAGUUGCAAACCACGUGGAGAUUCCAUCCACUGGCUCUCAAAUGGAUCUUUUCAACCAUAUGGUUGUUGAGCAGUGUUUACAACUUUAUGUUCAGAAAAUGGCUGGAUUACACUUACCAAUUGGGCAGCAUGAGAUCCAAGGUCUGCACCGAAGCUCUAUUGACGAAGCUAGACAAUGUUCAGUCAACCAUUAUUUGGGGGGUGGUUUUCAAACAACAAAAGUACUUCUUAAACUUGAAGAAGAGAUACAAAAGAUCUACAGGUAUCUCAUUGUGGACAAUGAAUGCCAAUCAGCAAAGUUGUGUGAGGGAAUAUAUAAGAGGUGCAUUGAUGUAUUUGAUAAGAUCACCCUCCCGUCUUUGAAGAAGAUUACUGAAGUUUCAAAACAAUGCAACAUAGAUUUUGAGCAACAAUGUAUUGGACCUGCUAAAAACUAUUACGAGCAGCGGGUGAAGAAGCUCUUGGAAAGGUCUAGCGCUCUAGCUAGGAGAAUUUAUGAUGAAAGACUGCACUGUAUUUGGAUUGCUGUUGGAGUGCUGCUUUUGGUGAUGGUUACAGUUGCAGGAGCUAGAGUAUACUGGAGAAAAAAGAUGAUGAGGUCCGAAUUGGAGCUGCUACCCGUACACAGACCUCUUCACCGAGAUUAAGAAGAGCACAAAUCAUUCAUGAAGGUUUGCUACACAACAUGGAAGCUAUGACAGACUAGGGAGAUGAAGACAUGUAAUGUGGAGCUUGGUGAGUGUUGCAUCGUAGUAGUAGAUUGUACAGGAUGUGAAUGCAAUUUUGGUGAAGCUGCUAAACUCAAGUCUACAUGGUAUGUGUGAAUAAAAAAAAAUAACUGCUAGAUUUACAUUAACUUAUACAUCACCAGACAUCACCAGACUUCCAUUUCAUGCUUUUGACCCAGAUUGACACAACUAAUAUCUCUUGUUUCUUUCUUUGCUUGGUUCCCAGAAAAUAUUGGAGGCUACUUUUGCUUAAAAAAAUGAGACAAUUGAAGAAGCACAAUAAUGAUCAACGGAUGAGGGUUAUCAACACUAGGACUUCCUGAGAAAUCAAAUUGACCUGAUUAUGAAUUUGUGAAUCUGACUGGGUAAUUGUGGAGAGAAGAGUAUCAUCACUCUUCAUGAAGUCUAUCCACAUUAUCCCGCCUCCAAUUUUUGGAAGAGCUAAAAAGACCGACUCUUUCAAAAGGCUGUAAAUAUGCAUUUAUGCUUUCUUAGUUCCAUAUGCAUUGUCCCAAUGCAAUUUUCUCAUAAUAAUUGUCAUAUAGGGUACAUUAUGAAUGAAAUAUAUUCAAAAGAACAUGUACUCUUUGUUCUGUUUCUUUUUAUUCAUAAUCUACUUUCUAAAUUUGUUUCCUAUAUCACUGUCAAUUGUUUUCUAGGUGUCACUAUGGUGGGGUUAUCGAGUAAUAGAUGCUUAGUUGAGAAUUUGCCAAGUAUGACAUUGUGGAAGGAGAACACAUGUUGUGGACAGGAGUGUCAAAGCCAUAUAAGGAAACCAUACGAGCUUUUCUAGUUUAUUUUCAGAAUCAAGAUGGAAAUAUAUAAUACGAGGGCAGAAUGAAAUUUCUCAUCCAACCUAUGGGAUAUAUGGCUCUUGUUAAGAAGGCAGCUUAACUGGGAUGAUUGAGUCUUCGGCUUGGGAGGAACUCUUAUCUACUAUUUCUCCAUUGGUCAUAACGGAAAUGAAUUCCUAUCCUUGCUCUGUUUAUAGUGGCGCUGUUUCAAAUGUAUCCCACAAAGUCCACUGGAUCAGACGGGCUGCCACCUUUAUUUUUCCAGCAUUAUUGGGAUAGUAUAGUAGAGGAUAUUACUGCCGCUGUUCAAAAUUUUUUGAAGAAUGAUGAGUUGUUAAAGCAGAUUAAUUUUACGCACAUUUGUUUGAUUCCUAAAGUUGAUGCUUCUGAGACUAUGGCGGACUUAUGACCCAUCGCUCUCUGUGAUGUGAUUUAUAAAUUGUGUUCAAAAGUGAUCACAAAUAGGUUGAAGGUGAUGUUGCCUAAAAUCGUUUCACCUUUCUAGAGUGCAUUCAUUCCAAGGAGGUUGAAUACUGACAAUACCUUGGCUUCUAAUAAGUUAGCACACUUCAUUCAUAACAAGAGGUCUGGUGAGGAGUAUCUGGCUUUGAAGUUAGAUUUGAGCAAUUCUUAUGACAGAAUGGAGUGGGGGUUUCUCCACAAAUGUUUUGGAACGAAUUAUGGAGUGUAUAUUAUCUGUUAGAUAUUCUUUCUUAGUUCGUGGUAAAUUGCAAGGUUUAUGUGGUACCUACCAGGGGGUUAAGGCAAGGAGAUCCAUUGUCACCGUACUUGUUUUUUCUUGGGACAGAAGGUUGCUUCAAGGCAAUGCUAUUUGUGAAGGAGCUCCUUUGAUUAAUCAUCUCUUGUUUGCUAAUGAUAGUUUGUUUAAUGCGAGUGCUUCCUUACAAGCUUGUCAAGAGAUUAGUAAUGUUCUACAUGUGUAUGGAAAUGCGUCUGCACAACAAGUGAAUUUCAGUAAAAGUUCGAUUUCGUUAAAAUAGGCAGGUUAUACCAUGGAAGCCUCCAAAUGCAGGUUGGGUGAAAAUAAAUGUUGAUGGUGCUUUUUACAAGGUUACCGGAACUGGUGGUAUUGGAGUCAUUAUUAGAGAUGACAAAGGCAAAUGUGUGGGUGAAAGCUAUGCUCCAGUGAGUAAUCUUUCUUCUGCAGAACAAGUGGAAGCAUUAGCAGGGAGCGAGGCGGUUUCACUUGCUGUACAGCGUGACCUCUUUCCAUUCGUUCGUUAAGACUGAUUCUGUCACGUACUCUUUAUUGGUCGUGCGUAUGAUGACAUUACCUUUCAUCUACAGAUGUCUGGUUCUUAUUUUACUGAUGCUUAUCGUCAAACCAAUGUUGUGGCUCACAUUUGAGCUAGUUAUGCUCGUUCUUCUUUUAGUUCUUUAAAUUGGGGCUCUGAGCCUCCAGCGUGUAUUAUUGAUGUACUGUGUAAGGAGUAUAUCUUCUAAUUUUAUUAAGUUGACAUCUUUC